GGACGGGCUUUGUUCACCAGCUGCAGGACCAGGCUCCGGGCGGCGUCCACUUGCCUGGACACCGGGCAACUUCCGAGGGUCCUCACUGUCAGCCGCUGGCGGGAGAUGCUGUCCCCACGGCAGUGCCGCUGCCCGCGGUGCACGCGUGGGCCCAAAGGGCGACCGGGACGAGGGCAGACGCCAUCGCGUACCUCUUCCUUCUGCCUGCUCCAGGUGGCCCAGAGAAGGGGGCACCCAAGUCCUGCCCUCGAGCCCGAGGUGCUGUCCGUCUUCGUGCCGCCCUUCGUCAGCAAGGAGGACGGACAGGCGGCCGGCACCAGCUGCGGGACCCUCGGCAGAACCAAGAGGCGCUCCUUCAGGAAGAAGAGAGAGAAGCCCAGAGCGGACCCCGGCCUGGGCCCCGCGGGUCCCCGAGAGACAGACACUGAGGACAUCAGCGUCCCCGACGGCGUGGACCUGCUGGCCCUGCCUCAGCUGUGCUUCCCAGGGGGCCUGUGUGUGGCCUGGGAACCUCAGGAGGACCGUGUCCACUUCCUGGUGCUGACGGAUGUCUCCGGGAACAGGACGUACGCCGCGGUGGCCCAGUACUACCGGCCGCUGCACGACGAGCACUGCUUCUACAGCGGCAAGCCCCCCCGGGAGUCCGGACUGAGCGUGGGCGCCGCCGGCUGCUUCGUGCCCUUCGCCGUGUGCGUGAUCUCGCGGUUCCCCUACUACAACGCCCUCAGGGACUGCCUGUCCUGUUUGUUGACUCACCUGAAGCCCUGCAAGGAUUUCGAAGUUGACAAUCACAUCAGAGAUUUUGCUGCAAAAGUCUCUCUGAUCCCCAGCCCCCCACCGGGACCGCUGCACUUGGUAAUCUCUCCUGUUUCUCUGCAAACAGAGAUGGUAACACGAGGGAGAGCCCACAGGUGGGCCUGGCAGCAGAGGCUCAACCGCCAGAUCCAGCAGCUCACCCUGCAGCUGCUCGUCAGCAUCUUCAGGGAGGUGAAGAGCCACCUGAACUACGAGCACCGCGUGUUUAACAGCGAGGAGUUUCUCAAAACCCGCGCCCCCGGGGACCAGCGCUUCUACAAGCAGGUGAAGAGCCACCUGAACUACGAGCACCGCGUGUUUAACAGCGAGGAGUUUCUCAAAACCCGCGCCCCCGGGGACCAGCGCUUCUACAAGCAGAUGUUAAUUUUUUUGUUUAAAAAUUUUAGCAUUCACUGCUGUGCACACUAUUUACAAAUUGCUCCUUUUGGGGGGCAUCCCGGGGGCUUUUGUUUUGGCAAGUGGAGCAGGGAAACCCAGGCAGAAGCGGCACCGGGUUCUGGCUUUGCUGGGGUCACGGCGUCCGCGGCCGGCCUGUCCCCGCAGAUCCUGGCGUGCCUGCUGACGGAGCAGCGGCUGGUCUUCUUCUCGGCGAGCUGGGCGCUGCUGACGCUGGUGGCCGAGUGCUUCCUGGCCUACCUGCACCCGCUGCGCUGGCAGCACACGCUCGUGCCCAUCCUGUCGGGGCAGAUGCUGGACUUCCUCAUGGCGCCCACGGCCUUCCUCAUGGGCUGCCACCUCAGCCACUUGGAAGAAGUCAGCAAGGAAGCAGACGGUUUGGUUCUGAUCAACAUCGAUAGUGGGAGCGUCACCUGCUCGGGCAGCGACAUCCCCGACAUCCCCCUGCUGGCGGCCCAGACCUUCAUUCAGAGGCGCCUGUUCGAGGCCCUGACUGUCGGGCAGCAGAAACUGAUCGACCCGGAGACGUUCAGAGACUUCUACACCUGCUGGAAGGAGACGGAGGCCCAGGCGCAGGAGGUCAGCCUGCCCGCGGCGGUGACGGAGCACCUGGACAAGAACGAGUGCGUGUACAAGCUGUCGGGCUCCGGACGGAAUGUGAGGGCAUCCAGAGGCCUGAGCGCCGUGUCCCCGCAGGACCCGCAGUACGUGCAGCAGGCGCUGACGCACGCCCUGCUGAUGGACGCCGUGGUGGGCGCGCUGCAGACGCCCGGGGCCAUCUACGCCGCCUCCAAGCUGUCCUACUUCGACAAGAUGCGGCGCGAAAUGCCUGCGGCCGUUCCCAAGACGACGGCAGAGACGCUGAAGCACAAGAUCAACCCUUCGGCCGGGGAGACCUUCCCGCAAGCUGUGGAUGUGCUGCUGUACACGCCGGGGCACCUGGACCCGGCGGAGAGGGUGGGGGACGCGCGCCCCAAGCUGUGGUGCGCCCUGCAGGCGGGGAGAGUGAUGGUGUUCGACGCGUCGUCCUGGAGCCUCCACCAGCACUGCGUCCGCGUGGGCUCCUCUGCACUGAACUGCAUGGCGAUGGUGGCGCAGGGCCAGGUGUGGGUCGGCUCUGAGGACUCCGUCAUCUACAUCAUCAGCGUCCACAGCAUGUCCUGCCACAAGCAGCUCACCGAGCACCGCGCCAGCGUCACCGGCUUCGUGGUGCAGAACGGGCCAGACGCGCCCAGCCAGGUGUACUCGUGCAGCGUGGAUGGGGCGGUCCUGGCGUGGGACGUGAGCACGCUGCAGGUGACCCGCAGGCUCCAGCUGCCCGGCAGUGGCCUCUCGUCCAUCCAGCUGCACGCCGACUGCCUGUGGUGCUGCACUGGGAACAGCAUCAUGGCCGUGAACAGCUGCGUCCGGCAGGAGCUGAGGAUCGACGAG